AUGGCGAUCAAAGGUACCAUGAGUUAUUCACGCUACUACUUUACUCAAAGAGCUGGCGUCGUUCGUUCUAUUCAAGAUUAUCGUGAACGAUCUAAGUCUCCUCUCGUUCAAUCCCCGAUUCCAGAAACAUCAGUUGAAAAAUUCCAUAAUGAUAUUUCAAAAUUCGGAUCAAGAAAUUGGUCUAGGGCAUCAACAUCGAGUUACAGUACAGCUGCAACGAAUGUUUUCGGGGGGAAUUCUAAUUCUUGUAUUCUUUCUAGUUUGUUUACCAUUAUGAAAUUAUCUAGUUCUGGUGGUUCUAUCGGUUUGAAGGAUUUGGGGGUUUCAACAUCUGGAGUAGUUCUUGGAUUGAAAGCGACGUCAUUUCUUCCCUUCUUCCAGGUGACUAGAUGGCUUCCUUGUAAUGAGUUUCUUCCUGGUUCUGUUAGUAAUGUUGUAGACAAAAGGGUUAAUGUUUCUCGUGGUGGUGAUGGUGAAAGUUCUUGUGGAAAUUUCUAA